AUGGAUUUUUGUAAACUGAUACGCGGGCGCCGAGACGCCUGCUGUAAAACGUCGAGCGAACACACAAAAAUAUUCUCCGCGGUGAACAACUUCUUUGCUGAUUCACCUUUGGUGAAUCAGUUGAAAGGCAUUAUGACUCGACAAACAAGUAACACGGAGCCGGGCCCGCCGGAUGAAACACGCGCUGACAGCAGAGGGACUCCUACUGUCAAUUUUGCCUUGAGCCCUUCUGAGAGUCAGAUAUCUGAGCGGUCCAUCACACCAACGCAGCGGCAGGUCACUUUCCUGAAGCCAGCUGUAAACAGCUCGCUUGAUAGAAAAGCAUCCAUAAUAGACGAGACAACUGGAAUAACUCGCACGCAAAUGAAAGAAUUUCGUGAAGCGUUCCGCCUCUUCGAUAAAGACGGAGAUGGGACCAUAACGAAGGAGGAACUGGGCCGCGUGAUGCGCAGUCUGGGUCAGUUCGCAAGAGUAGAAGAAUUGCAUGACAUGUUGCAAGAAGUUGAUAGCGAUGGUGACGGAAACGUCAGUUUUGAGGAAUUCGUCAAUAUCCUCUCCAAGUCCAUGUCAGGGGCGGGCGGAGGAACAAGUUCCGCUGAGCAGGAGGAGAGAGAACUGCGGGAUGCAUUCAGGGUGUUUGACAAACAUAACCGAGGGUAUAUUUGUGCAUCAGACCUUCGGGCUGUACUGCAGUGUCUUGGAGAAGAUCUCUCAGAAGAAGAGAUUGAAGACAUGAUAAAGGAGGUCGACUCUGAUGGUGACGGGCGUAUUGAUUUCUUGGAAUUUGUAAGAGCGCUGGGCGAACCUGAAGACGCUUGUGAUGAUGAAGAUGACGAGGAUCCUAAUGAAGGAGCGGAUUUACCUUUACCAAGACCAGUUGCUGCUAAUUAAUAAUAUUUUCAUAUUAUAUUUCGAUCUUAAGCUUGUGAUUAGAUGAAGUGAAAAUAUCUAAACACAACACCCUAUGCCAACGCUAGUUCUGACAUGGUGAUAGCAACAAUGCAGUUAAUGUUAUAACAUGUCAUUAAGAUAGCUUUCGUGAAUUUUUCCAUUUAAAAUUAUUAAUAUUCUAAUUAAAUAUCGAUAAAUUAUUCUUAAUAUUAACUUGUGAAAUUAUAGAUAUAAAAUACUUCAUUCAACUAUUUCAUUUUUCUUAUUGGGGUUGGGUGUCCAAUGCAGUAAUCAUCGAAGACCAGUUGUUUGAAAAGGUCAUUAGUAGGUAUUUGUAAUAUAGCUAAGGUGGUCAAUUUAGUAUAAUUAACCUUUUAUCGGUUAUUAGGCAUUUCAACUAUGUUUCCAACAUUGAAAUUUUUUUUAAACACUUUCGAAACCCGGUCACAGUUUCGAAAGAAUUCCUUCGUAUUCGUGGAAAACAUAAUAUUAUAUUUUUUGCUAACCGAAUAAUUCAAUUUUAAACAGAUUAAAAAAAUAAUUGAAAUUCAAUUUUCUCAAGAGUAAGCCUUAAAAGUUUUCGAUUUAAUAAUAGAAUAACGAUCCAGUCUUUAUGGAAAUUCUCUACCUAGGGAAAAAGAUGUUUUACAAAAAAAAAAAAAAAUCAACUGGAUAAUAGCGUUUAUGUUAUUACCCAUUUAAAAAAAUUACAUAUCACAGUCAUAAUUUUUUUAAAUAGUUGGUCAAAGAAAUUAUUUUUCCAAGUAAAUGAAUCGUAGCUGAUAUUGGAUUACAGUCAUUUUUAUUUCUUGUAAAUUAAAAAUUAUGAUAUCUAUCUACUUUGACAUGUCAUAUCAUAGGUUGGUGUGAUUUAUUUCGUUCGAAUUGAUUUGAUUUU